UGCUCUCUGCUCUGCUGUGGCCUUUCUUUUCCCUUGUCUCUCUUCACAUUAACCACUUUUGGCUCUCCCUCUCUCUCUUUCGCUCAUAGCUGUAGAGAAUCAGAGAUAUAUUCCACAGCCUUCUCUCUCAUCCCCUGAAUUUGAAAUACCCCAAAAGAGAGAAGAAAGGGGAAACGAUUAGGACCAUGGGAUUCUCUCGCAUUCACCUUCUAUUUGCUUGUUUUCUCUGUCUGUUCGCCAUUUUUGCUUCUGGGUCUCGAAGGAAUUUCCCAAUACUUGACUUUGAAGAAGGCUAUAGCCCCCUUUUUGGCGAUGACAAUCUUGUGCUUCUCAAGGAUGGGAAAUCUGUUCAUCUUCAUCUCGAUGAGAGGACUGGCUCUGGGUUUGUGUCUCAGGACCUUUACCUUCAUGGGUUUUUCAGUGCUUCCAUUAAGCUGCCUUCUGAUUACACUGCUGGAGUUGUGGUUGCCUUUUAUAUGUCAAAUGGGGACAUGUUUGCCAAGAACCAUGAUGAGAUAGAUUUUGAGUUCUUGGGGAAUAUCAGAGGCAAAGAUUGGAGGAUUCAGACCAAUAUUUAUGGGAAUGGAAGCACAAGCAUAGGCAGGGAAGAAAGAUAUGGACUCUGGUUUGACCCAUCUGAAGAUUUCCAUCAAUACAGCAUCCUCUGGACUGAAUCUCUUAUCAUAUUUUAUGUGGACAAUGUUCCCAUUAGAGAGGUGAAGAGAACAGCAAAUAUGGGUGGUGACUUCCCUUCUAAACCAAUGACUUUGUAUGCCACAAUAUGGGAUGGAUCUACUUGGGCUACCAAUGGAGGCAAAUACAAAGUCAACUACAAAUACGCGCCUUAUAUCGCCGAAUUCUCUGACUUCAUCCUCCACGGCUGUGCUGUCGACCCGACCGAGCAGUCCUCGACCAGCUGCGAUCACUCCCAAAAAUCUGAACCAAUCCCUUCUGGUAUCACACCAUCUCAAAGAGCCAAAAUGGAGAGCCUCAGAAAGAAGCACUUGACAUACUCCUAUUGCUACGACCGCAUCCGCUACAAGGCCCCUCCUCCAGAGUGUGUGAUCAACCCCGAAGAGGCUGAACGACUCCGAGUCUUCGACCCUGUCACGUUCGGUAAAGGAAGGCGCCAUCACGGGAAAAGCCACCACCACAGCCACCCAAGCCAGGCAGAAUCCGCUUCUGCUUGAGCCAUUUUCUUUUCUUGUGUAUAGACGACAGCCGAGGUCAGUCGAUAGAUUUCUUGAGGGUGAUUGGAAGGGGAAGAAGAAGAAGAAGGUGCCAUAGCAUAGGAGAGAUAUCCACAUUGAAGAGCAUCUGUAUAGUUCUUUUUUGUUCACAUCACAUCACACGUUUUUAUUAGAUUCUUGGUUUUCUGAUUAUUACUACAUAUUCACUGCUAUAUUGAUUGGCAUUGUUGUUUGGUUUCACACCAUUGAAUUUGCUUCCAGAUUUGUGUACUAUUUUAUUACACCCUCAAAGAUUUGAAUAAACAAAAAAAGCAAAAAAGAUUCAGCAUUUA